AUGCAUGCUCUGAGAGAGUUUCUGCUGAUCCACGCUCUGACAUGCCUUAUGCAACAUGGUAAGAUUUCCAAAUCAGGUUCUUCAGAAUAUGUAAAAAAUGUAUUUCUCCUUAUUUUUAUUUAUUUCUUUUCAGCACUGGGGAGUGAAAUCAUAAAAGGUAAAAUUGCUAAGGAAAAGGCCAUGCAGUAUAUGGCAUCAGUACAAAACAACAAUUUGCAUAAAUGUGGCGGGUUCCUUGUCAGUGAAGACUUUGUGAUGACUGCUGCGCACUGUGCCGAUAAGAAUCCUACAAGUGUUGUUCUGGGCACCCACAAUCUGAAAAAGGUUGAUAAGAAAAUGAGAUAUGGAAUACAAAAGAUGUGCAAACACCCUUCUUUUAAGAGCGGUUCAUUCGCGAAUGACAUCAUGCUCCUCAAACUCUCUAGGAAAGUUCGCCUGGGUAACGAAAAAACAAUUAAACGAAUUCAACUUCCAAUUCAAAAAAUAAACCUGAAGGAAAACAAGAUGUGCAGCGUAGCUGGAUGGGGGGCCACAGAAACUAAAGGUAAAAAUUCUAAUGAGCUGCAAGUGGUCAGUGUUCCCAUCAUUAACAAGAAGAAGUGUCAGAAGCUGUGGGGUAACAGAACUCCGAAAAAUGUUAUUUGUGCUGGUGGAUACAACACAAAGAAUGGAAUCUGUCAGGGUGAUUCUGGUGGCCCUCUCGUAUGCAACAAGUUGCCCCUUGGUAUCGCUUCCUUUAACAACAACAACAGUUGUAAUUAUCCGAACAUCCCCAACGUCUAUACAGAUGUAUCAAAAUUUCUUCCUUGGAUCAAAGAUAUUCUCAAGAAAAAGAAAUGCAAAGUGUAACAAAUAUUUUCAGCUGUAUCAUGGAUGUAUUAUAAUCAUUCAGUUUCUAAAAUUACAGGGCCAUUAAAAAAACUGUUGGUGACUUUUUAUCCAUGACAAGCUUCCAACUAGAACAUCAGCGACAUAGUAGCCUUUCAGCUCACAAUCCAUCACAGUUUGCAGGUUACUGUAAUGUGUGACAUACAGUAAGAAAGUGAAAGAAAUUUUUCUUGUCAUUUGCUAGAUGAAUUGCCCAAACUAACGAGAAUUAAAAUGCACUGAGAAAUACAAAAGGCUUGUAAACAGUCAUAUCCAGGACAAAUGAAUCUCAUCUCACUAAAAUCUGACCAAUAAUAUGGGAGGAGGAUUCUUGUGAACUGUGGACAGGCGGAUGGACGUUUCACCAU